AUGUCUGAAAAACUAGUAUAUCGAAGGAAAUCUGAUAGAAGAGAAGCUAGUUAUGUUGGAAUUUUUACCGAUACCCCUGUUAGUUAUCUUACUAUUCAAGAUCAACAAGAUGAUGAACUAGAACAAGUUUUGGAUGAUUAUGAGGAAGAAGAACUCAGCGAAAUUGAGGCAUAUAUGGCAAAUAGUCAAGAAGAAUAUGAGGAGGAAACUGACCUUCUACCCCUUGACUAUUCUGGAAUGAAGAAAAUCCUGUCUAUUUAA